AUGGGCUGCGGCACGAGCAAGCCGGGUCCCGGCACGAGAAAACCGGGUCUGACCGACGAGGAGCUGAAGAAUUGGCGCGAGUUCGGCGGCGGCGACCUGGAGCCGGUCCUCGCGAACGGCGCCGUCGCACUCCUCGACGCGCAGUGGAUCAUCAGCCACGCCGAGGCGGGCGGCGUCCUCACUCACCGCCAGGCGCUGCCCGACGAGGCCCUCCUCUCCCUCGCCGACCUCAUCGAGGCGACCAACGAGAAUGUUGACUUCCGGAGCAGGGAAUUGAGCGCCGCGCCGUCAUUCCCCGUCGCCGCGCUCUCCUACCCGUGGCUGACCAAGGACCACCCCGACCCGUGCGGAGCCAACCUCGCCCGCGUCGCAAGGGCGCUCAAGGCUCUGCUCAGCCUCGGCCACUACUCGCGGCUAGGCGUCUUUUGGGACUUUGGUUCGCUGCACCAGCACCCCGACCCCACCAACGGCAUCAUGCGCACCGAGGAGCAGAACGCGCUCUUCAAGCAGGGGCUGGGCUGCCUCGGCACGCUCUACUCCCACCCGCAGACAACCGUGCUGCGGCUGACCUCCUUCCCGGACGGCCACGAGACGGAGGACCAGGCAGAGGGCACCAACGUGGCCAAGUACGUUGACCGCGGCUGGUGCGCCACCGAGAGCGCCUGGUCGAGCCUGACCAAGGCCGGCGCCCUCUCGCUCGACCUCGGCUUGAUGCGCGACGGCGAGGAGUACGACUACUACAGCCUCCGACACGAAUGCACCAAGGGUGGCGGCCGGCGCCCUCCGCUGCUGCCCUCUGCGUUCGCGGCGGAGCUGGAGACGAAGAGCUUCACCAACGGCAAGGACGACAAGCCGCUGGUGAAGCAGCUGUACGAGGCCGCCUUCGAGGAGCAGUUUGGCAAGGCGACCAAGCUGGACUACCGCGGACUCGGAUGGGGCAACGCGGAGGCGGCGCAGCUGGCGGAGGUCCUCGCGAGCGGGGCAGUGCCGCGGCUCGAGGAGCUCGAUCUCGGCGACAACAAGAUCGGUGACGAGGGCUUCGAGGCGCUGGCCGCCGCCCUCGGCAAGGAGGGGGCAGUGCCGCGGCUCGAGCAGCUCUAUCUCGAAGGCAACAAGAUCGGCGACGAGGGCUGCAAGGCGCUGGCCGCCGCCCUCGGCAAGGAGGGGGCA